CGUUGACUUUCAAAACAGCUUCGCAUUCAUCCUCUUUUGUCUCUUCUCUCUCCUUUGUUACUCUCUCUUCUUCAGGAAAGCAAAGGGCUCACGAGCUGGUCGUGAUCUUCCUCCGAGCCCUCCUUCUUUUCCGGUAAUUGGUCAUCUUCACCUUCUUCUCUCUGUUUUAGUUCACAAGUCUUUUCAAAAAAUCUCCUCCAAGUAUGGACCUCUUCUCCUUCUCCGCAUCUUCCACGUUCCCAUAGUCCUCACCUCCUCGGCCUCAGUGGCUUACGAGAUCUUCAGGGCCCAAGAUGUGAACGUCUCCUCUCGCGGUCACCCUCCAGUGGAGGAGUCUCUCUGGUUCGGAUUUUCCAGCUUCUUCUUUGCUCCCUAUGGAGAUUACUUUAAAUUUAUGAGGAAGCUCAUAGCCACAAAGCUUCUUGGACCGCAGGCACUCGAUCGUUCACGAAAAAUCCGUGCAGAUGAGCUAGAUCGGUUUUACAGAAAUCUGCUUGACAAGGCGAUGAAGAAGGAGAGUGUUGAGAUCGGUGAGGAAGCAGCGAAGCUCAAUAACAAUAUCAUCUGCAAGAUGAUCAUGGGGAGGAGUUGAUGAUCAUGGGGAGGAGUUGUUCUGAAAAGAACGGUGAGGCCGAGAGAGUCAGAGGCUUGGUGAUCGAGUCGCUGGCCUUGUCACCGAAAAUCUUCUUGGGUAUGAUCUUUCACAAACCUCUUAAAAAGCUUGGGAUCUCACUGUUCCAGAAGGAUAUAAAAAGUGUUUCCCCCAAGUUCGACGAGCUGCUGGAAAAGUUUCUUGUUGAACACGAAGAGAAAAUGGAGGAGGAUCAUUAUAAAGCUAAUGACAUGAUGGAUUUGUUGUUGGAAGCUAUGGAGAUGAGAAUGCAGAACGUAAACCUUUGUAUUAAGCGUGUUAGUAAUACAAAGGCCCGAAAACCUCCGAUACUCUUUAGAUAUGGAAAAUACUCUAAUAACAGUUUGCUACUACAGGAACUUCUCGUUGCAGGCACUGACACCUCGGCGCUAGCAACACAGUGGACAAUGGCGGAGCUCAUUAAUAACCCUACCAUUCUUGAGAGAUUGCGAGAAGAAAUCGAAUCGGUUGUAGGGAAUACAAGGUUAAUUCAAGAAACUGAUCUAUCAAACCUCCCUUACUUGCAAUCGGUAGUCAAAGAAGGGCUAAGAUUGCAUCCGCCGGCGUCUAUCUCGGUAAGGAUGUCCCAAGAAAGGUGUGAACUCGGAGGGUUCUACAUACCGGAGAAGACAUUACUUGUUGUUAAUACUUAUGCUAUAAUGAGAGAUCCUAAUUUCUGGGAAGAUCCCGAGGAGUUUAAACCUGAGAGGUUUAUAACAUCUUCAAGAUCAGAGCAAGAGGACGAGAUGAGAGAGGAAGUCCUAAAAUACAUUCCUUUCUCAGCCGGAAGGAGAGGCUGUCCUGGAUCGAAUCUAGCUUAUGUCUCUCUAGGAAUCGCGAUUGGAGUGAUGGUACAGUGCUUUGAUUGGAGAAUCAAAGGAGAGAAAGUAAACAUGAGCGAGACUGCUGGAACAAUAAUGUUGGCCAUGGCUCAGCCACUUAAGUGCACUCCUGUUCCUCGCACCCUAAACCUUUUGCCAUCAAGUCUACAUAUUCCCAGUUCUUGAUUUGGAGAUUUUAGUUCUGCCUUUUGUUGUUUAAUCUCAUGAUUACGCGUGAUUCCUGUUUAUUGGUUACCUUUUAUGUUUAAGUUGCUUCUUCUAUAAAU